UAUUCUAUACAACUCAAUCUUCUAUUCUCACGGAAGAAAUACUGCAGGCCCCCCAUAAGUUCAUAUGGAGCACCACCAGCACCAUCGUCAUCCUACGGAGUACCAAAUGCAGGACCGUCUGAUUCUUAUGGUCCACCUGCAAAAUCGUAUGGUGCACCUUCUGAUUCAUAUGGUGCACCACCUCCACCUCCAUCAUCUUAUGGUGCACCACCGCCAUCAUCAUCGUACGGCGCACCCUCAUCAUCUUAUGGCGCGCCUUCCCAGAGUUACGGACCACCAUCUGGUGGUGGUGGAUCUUAUGAUCAUGGCGGUGGUGGUGAUUUCGGAGGAGGAUCCUUCGGCGGCGGUGAUCAUGGAUCCUUCGGCGGCGGUGAUCAUGGAUCCUUCGGCGGCGGUGAUCAUGGAUCCUUCGGCGGCGGUGAUCAUGGAUCCUUCGGCGGCGGUGAUCAUGGAUCCUUCGGCGGCGGUGAUCAUGGAUCCUUCGGCGGCGGUGAUCAUGGAUCCUUCGGUGGCGGUGAUCAUGGAUCCUUCGGUGGCGGUGAUCAUGGUUCUUUCGGUGGCGGUGAUCAUGGAUCCUUCGGUGGAUCUGGCGGAGGAGGAUCGUUCGGCGAUGAUCACCACGGUGGUGGCGGCGGCGGCGGCGGCGGAUCAUAUGGACCACCUUCGGGAUCGUACGGACCUCCAGCGCACGAUCAACCGAAAGGCGUAUGGAAAAAAAAAUUGGUGUGGAAGCCCGAAUGGAAACAGAUCUGGAAAACGGAGUCAAAAAUGACUUGGAAACAAGUGUGGAAGAAGGUGCAAGUACCAGUUUGGAAGGAAAUUCAAGUGCCCGCUUGGAAGGAAAUCCAAGUGCCGGCUUGGAAGAAAGUCCAAAAGCCUGUUUGGAAAGAAAUUCAAGUACCAGCCUGGAAAGAAGUCCAAGUACCAGCCUGGAAAAAGAUUUGGAAACCUGUAUGGAAGGAAGUUCAAGUUCCUGUGUGGAAAGAAGUUCAGGUACCUGAUUGGAAAAAGAUCUGGGUACCGGAGUGGGUUAAAAUCGGCAUACCGGGCGAGCAUAACGUGGGCAAGGAUCACCACGGUUGGCAGUAUACCAGUCACGGUCUCUGGAAAAAGAAGUUGAUAUGGAAACCGGUCUGGAAGAAAAUUUGGCGAACAGAAAAGAAGCAAAUUUGGGUAAGCGACAAGAAACUGGAAUGGAAGGCUGAGUGGAAACAAAUCUGGAAAACGGAAAAGAAGCAAAUUUGGGUAUCGGACAAAAAGUUGAUCUGGAAAGAGGAAUCGGUGCAAGUGUGGGUGCCUCAAAAGAAGCAGAUCUGGGUCACGCAGAAGAAGCAGGUGUGGAAAGACGAAUGGAAAAGCAAAUGGGUUCCGGUUUGGAAGGACGUGCAAGUACCGGCUUGGAAGAAGGUCUGGAAGCCCGUCUGGGAGAAAGUUUGGGUUCCCAUCGAAUCUCAUCACGACGACGAUCAUCAUGGUUACAAGUAGAUUAUCAUCAUCGAGGACCAUGUUCGGUCGACUCGAUUUUGCUUCUGUGUUUUUUUCGUAAUAUCCACAUAUACAGCCUAUAUAUAAAAAAAUCAAUCUAAAAUGUUAAUUGUCAACAUGAGCUGUUAACAAAGCUGAUCAAACUGUAUAAAUUACAAUAAUAACAAUUCUUCAGAAAUAGAUAUGCAUCUAUAGAGAAGAAAACAGGGAGGACUGACCAGUAGACGUAUAGCGCACAAAGAAGGAAAAGCUUGUAACUAACGAUUAGAAAGCAUCGCAACGAUGAGAUAUGCACGAGAGUGAAUGAUGAAAAUUUGCAAUUGAUUAUUUCGAUGACACGUUGCAUAUUUUUCAAACUCGAUGGUUCUUCGUAAAAUAUCGCAUGAGAAACAGAAAUAGUUGUACAUCAAAAUAUUAUCUACGUAGAAUAUAUCUUGAGAAAGCAAGAUGCAUGCUAA